AUGACUCUUGAGAAUAAAUUUACGAUAGCAUCAGAUGCUGUUGUAUGUAAGGAAGCAACUUUGGAAGGCGAUAUAACGAUUGGUUCAGGUACCGUUGUUCAUCCGACAGCUGUUAUACGUGCUACAAAUGGACCAAUUAUUAUCGGUGAAAAUAAUAACAUUGAGGAGACUUGUGUUAUUGAAAACUUAAAUGACACUGGUGAAGCACUAUUAAUCGGUCGUGAUAAUGUUUUCGAAAUUGGAUCUACUGUUCAUGCACCAAAGAUUGGUAAUAAUAAUGUUUUUGGUGCUCGAUGUCAGGUGGGUCCAAAUACAACGGUUACACGAGGCUGCUUUAUUGGGACCAACUGCAUGGCCAUGCUACGAGAAGAGCUACCAGAAAACACCGUAAUAUACGGUAAAAGUAAUAGUCGGCGAGUAGCGCGAGACCCACCACAGAUCCAAACAAGCCAAUUAGAAUAUUUAAGAAAGGCACUCGAGAGAUUCCAUUACUUGAUAAAGUCGUCAUAA